AUGUUGAUAUGUUGUUUACAUUAUCAUCCUUAUUUUGGUAAUAAAGCUCCUCCACAUAGUCUUGGUGAAAUCAUUCAUCCAUCUAUUGAAAAUCCAUAUAGUUGGUUAAAUCUUAAAGAAAAAACAAAACAUGGAUAUAGUUUAUUAGGAUUAGUAACUAAUAAUAAAACAGCUAUACCAAGUGUUAAAUGGAACUUACAAUUAUUAGGACCUGGUAUAAUGCGUAAUGAAAAUCUACCUAAACCAUUAAAUACAACAUUAAAUUUAUGGUCAAAUUUUCAUAUUAUUGAAUUAGAAGUUUAUUAUGAACCGAAUCCGAAAAAUUUAUUAUUUCGACGUAAAAUUAUAGCUUCUAAUGAUAGUUUGAUUACUGUUCAUUUACGAUUAUCUGUACCAAAUAUUUUUACACGUUAA